GCUCCCCCUCCCAGCAGGCCGCGGGCCGGGAAGGGGCGGGCGAGCUUCCCGGAACCAGCCGCGCUCGCAGGGCCGCCACCGGCCCGUUCUCCCCGCGGGCUGAGCGAGCCGGGAACUGCCCGCCAUGUCCUCGGUGGCCGCCGCCAGCUGCGACGGCAAGGGCGCGGGGGAGGCGCGGGAGGAGAAGAAGCCGCUGAAGGCCUGCUGCGCCUGCCCCGAGACCAAGAAGGCGCGGGACGCCUGCAUUAUUGAGAAGGGAGAAGAAAAUUGUGGGCACCUAAUUGAAGCUCACAAAGAGUGUAUGAGAGCUCUGGGCUUCAAGAUAUGAGUGAGAUGAGCAGGACUGAGUGGGAUGAUGUCUUUGGUGUGACUGUUCUGGAAAGCUGCAAAAUAAAUUAUUUCUGCAAGUUACUUCAAAGAACUAAUAAAAACAGAGUCUAUUUAUGAAGAGUCUUUAAUGAUACAGUAUGCAUCACAUCUGUAGCUUUUCCACUGCUUGCUCUUGACCACUGCUAUAGAAAAUAUAUUUUUUCCUCUUAAUAAAACCCUGAAAAUGA